CAUUACAUUGAAUCUCUCAACGAAGAUCUCUUGCAGACACAUAGAAAGGAAAGAUGAGUGUUUUUUACUUUCCUUGCUUGAUUUUGUUAACCUUGUUUUCAAGUUAUGGCUAUGCAGCUAUAACCACAUCGAGUCCUUUGUCGAUAAGACAAACUCUGAGCUCUCCUAAUGAAUCCUUUGAGCUAGGUUUCUUCAGUCCCAACAGCUCUCAAAAUCAUCACUACGUUGGAAUCUGGUUCAAGAGAGUCACUCCUCGAGUGUAUGUUUGGGUAGCUAAUAGAGAAAACCCGGUAACGAGCCUCACGGCGAAUCUCACCAUCAGCAGCAAUGGGAGCCUUAUCUUGCUUGAUGAGAAACAAGACAUUGUGUGGUCAUUCGGAAGAGAAGUUCUUACAUCUAACGAAUGUCGUGCUGAGCUUUUAAACUCCGGAAAUCUUGUCCUCAUAGAUAAUGUUACUGGGAAUUAUCUAUGGGAAAGUUUCGAGCAUCCUGGUGAUACUAUGCUUCCUCUCUCAUCGCUUAUGUACAGUACUCUUAACAACACAAGGCGUGUGUUGACUUCUUGGAAGACUAACACAGAUCCAUCUCCUGGUGAAUUUGUAGCAGAGCUUACGCCACAAGUACCCCCUCAAGGACUUGUAUGGAAAGGGUCAUCACCUUAUUGGAGAAGCGGGCCAUGGGUGGACACAAGGUUCAGUGGGAUACCAGAAAUGGAUAAAACAUAUGUAAAUCCAUUAACUAUGGUCCAAGAUGUGGUGAAUGGCACAGGAAUUUUGACUUUUUGUGCAUUAAGAAAUUUUGAUGUGUCUUACAUCAAGCUAACGUCUGAUGGAUCAUUGGAUAUUCACCGUAGUAAUGGUGGCACCACCGGGUGGAUUAAGCAUUUUGAAGGUCCUUUAAGCUCAUGUGAUCUCUACGGUACAUGUGGACCUUAUGGUUUGUGUAUGAGGUCCAUUAGUACUCCAACCUGCAAAUGCUUGAGAGGGUUUGUGCCAAAGUCAGAUGAUGAGUGGAAUAAUGGAAACUGGACUCGUGGGUGUGUGAGACGAACAGAAUUAUCAUCAUGUCAGGGAAAUUCUUCGUCAACAACACAAGGCAAAGACACAACAGACGGAUUUUACCGUGUUGCCAAUAUUAAGCCUCCGGAUUCUUACGAAUUAGCAAGCUUUGGUGAUGCAGAACAAUGCCAUCAAGGAUGUCUCCGCAAUUGUUCUUGCUUGGCCUUUGCCUAUAUUAAUAAAAUUGGAUGCUUGGUGUGGAACCAGGAGCUAUUGGACAUGGUUCAGUUUACUGAAGAAGGAGUGUUUCUUUCCAUCCGUCUUGCACGUCCUGAGUUAGCUAGAGGCAAGCGAAUCAAGAUCAUCGCUGUUAGCGCUAUCAGCCUUUGUGUGUUUUUUAUCUUGGUGCUUGCUGCAUUUGGGUGUUGGAGAUACAGAGUGAAACAAAAUGCUAACAGAUCUUUCAUGCUUGAAGCUCCAUCAAUUUUGAGCUCUGGCCUGAUCCUAAAAUGCUAGAAAAUUAUGUACUAACACAUGGAUGGAUCCAUUUAACUCGUAGGUGAAGCUCGUGUAGCCAUGGAUAUUUCAGAAGAUUCUUGGAAGAAUGGUUUGAAAUCACAUGAUGUCUCAGGUUCAAAUUUCUUUGAGAUGCAUACCAUACAGGCAGCGACCGAUAAUUUCAGCGUGUCAAAUAAACUCGGUCAAGGUGG